CUUCCGGGUCCGCCCGGCGCUUAUUUUAGGGAGCCUCUAAAUCAGAAAAAAAAAACCCCAAAAUGGACAUUUUUGUUCGACUAGGACAAAAAUUGACCUACCUGUGGCCUCAGCGCUGUUAUUCCUAUCGAGAUUCUGCUGCCAUGGAUUACUUCCCCAAACCGGAUCUCCUCAGUGUUAUGGCUGGAGUGGCCUGUGGAGUGUGCCUGGGUUGGGGCAUGCGUGGACGAUUCUUCAGACCAUCCAAAGUGCGCACGAACAUGCCUGCUGCUGAACUGGGGAGCGAAGCCAGCAUCAUGGGAGAGUCUGGAGAGUUCAAAAUGGUGCUCGUUGUCCGCCAAGACUUGAAGAUGGGGAAAGGCAAAGUGGCAGCGCAGUGUUCGCAUGCUGCGGUUUCUGCGUACAAGCAGAUCCAGAAAAGAAACCCCGAGCUCCUCAAGCACUGGGAGUAUUGUGGGCAGACUAAAGUGGUGCUCAGAGCCCCUGAUGAAGAGACUCUAGUUCAGCUCCUUGUUGAUGCCAAACAGCUAGGACUGACUGUGAGUUUAAUCCAAGAUGCUGGUCGUACUCAGAUUGCACGUGGCUCCCAAACUGUCUUAGGCAUUGGCCCAGGACCAGCUGAUCUGGUGGAUCAAGUGUCCGGGCACUUAAAACUCCUCUGAUGUGGAAAAUAAACCUUGGAUUUAUUGCAGCAACUUGUAUUACCACCAGUCUUAAUGAAAAAUCAAACCCAACCUCUAGUUUGUUUCCAUCAGUUCUGAUCUAGUAUGAAUAAAAAGCAUCAGUGUCUCUUC